GAGAUUGACCUCUCUUGACCUCCAGCUGUACUCCAAUGCUGGCUACGGGCAAGACUUCUCCGGACACUCUGACUGGAGACUUCACUGUGUUGAGGACUGACAUUGUCAUGGACGUGGGGGACAGCAUCAACCCUGCCAUUGAUAUCGGGCAGGUGGAGGGAGCGUUCACGCAGGGCCUUGGUCUGGUGACCCUGGAGCAGUGUGUGUAUCUGGAGGGGAACCAGAGGACCCAGCGAGGGACUACCUUCACCACUGGACCGGGGACCUACAAGAUACCCUCUGUGUCUGAUGUACCUGUGGUGUUCAAUGUUAGUCUGUUAGACAGGGCACCCAACCCCAAGGCUAUCUUCUCAUCCAAGGCUGUUGGUGAGCCGCCACUGUUCCUGGCAGCCAGUGUGUUAUUUGCCCUGAGGGAGGCUAUUACAGCUGCACGAGCAGAGAGUGGAGUGAGUGGCUACUAUCGACUGGACAGCCCCGCCACCUGUGAGAGGAUACGCAUGGCCUGUCAGGACAAGUUCACUCAACAGGUGUGUGUUGUUGUGGACUCUGCUGCAAAUAAAUGGACUAUUGAAGCAUAGACAUUAAAAAGUAGAGACAUGACCCUUACUUUUAUUGACACUAUUUUAGAGAGUUUCAUAUUAAUUUUUUUUCUUGAUAAACAAUG